AUGGAAAUUGAUCUUGAGUCAAUUGAGUCUCAAAGUGUGGAUGUUGAGGUUGAAGAGAUUGAUGGAUCGAGUUUUAAUACCCAAACUCAAGGCGCCGAACUCCAGAAAAGAAAAAGGAAGCUGACCUCAAAAGUUUGGAGUCACUUUGUUCAUCUUCCUUUGGGUCCGGACAAGAAAUUGAAGGCCAAAUGCAAACAUUGUAUAGGGCAAAUGCUCAUUGCCCAAGAAGCUGGUGCAGUGACACUUGGUGGAAGUAAGUAUGAUCCUGAAAAAUUUUGUGAGUUGGUUGUAGCAGCUAUAAUCAUGCAUGAUCUACCUUUUAGUUUUGUUGAAUAUGCGGGAAUAAGGUCUAUAUUUCAAUACUUGCACCCUCAAAUUCAAUUGGUCUCUAGAAAUACUGCAAAGGCUGACGCUUUAAAGUUUUAUAAGAGGGAAAAGCUUCGACUUAAAUUGAUGUUAGAGACUAUCCCAGGGCAAAUGCUCAUUGCCCAAGAAGCUGGUGCAGUGACACUUGGUGGAAGUAAGUAUGAUCCUGAAAAAUUUUGUGAGUUGGUUGUAGCAGCUAUAAUCAUGCAUGAUCUACCUUUUAGUUUUGUUGAAUAUGCGGGAAUAAGUGAUGGAUAUGUUUGUCUCACUGCGCAUUUCAUAGAUAAGAAUUGGAACUUGCAGAAAAGAGUGUUAAACUUUAGUUUUAUGCCACCCCCACAUAGUGGCAUUGCUUUGUCUGAAAAACUUUAUGCCUUUUUGAGUGAAUGGGGAAUUGAAAACAAGGUGUUUAGUGUGACAUUGGAUAAUGCUUCUACAAAUGGUGUUUCUGUUGACAUGUUAAGAGAGCAACUAGUUGUCAAAAGGAUUCUUGUACACAAUGGCGAUCUAUUUCACAUGCGAUGUUGUGCACACAUACUAAAUUUAGUUGUGCAAGAUGGUUUGAAGCAGAUUGAUGAUUCAAUUGUUAAGAUUCGUGAUAGUGUCAAAUAUGUCAAGGGAUCCCAAAAAGGGUUGUGUCAAGAUGUACCAACUAGGUGGAACUCGACAUAUCUUAUGCUUGAAAGUGCUCUUUACUAUCGCCGUGUAUUUCAACAUUUAGAGUUGAGUGAUUCAAACUACAAGCAUUGUCCUUCUAGUGCCGAGUGGGAUAAAGUUGAAAAGAUUAAAACUUUUUUGAAGUUGUUCUAUGAUGCAACUCUUAAAUUUUCUGGAACAAAGUAUCCCACUGCCAACUUGUACUUCCCUUCCAUUUGGCAUUGUUGCUUCAUGUUGAAACAAUACUUAGAAGGUGAUGAUGAGUAUUUAAAGUAUAUGGCAACAGCAAUGUGGGGCAAGUUUCAAAAGUAUUGGUCUCAAUUCCAUCUUACCUUGGCUAUAGCAUGUGUUCUAGAUCCUCGUUUUAAGCUUAGGCUUAUUGAGUUUAGUUACAAAAAGCUUUAUGGAGAUGAUUGUGUUGAAUGCAUAUCAAUGAGGAGUACGUUGUACUCUAUUUUUGAAGAGUACAACGAAUUUGAUGAGAUAUUUUUAGUUGAGUCUACUACUGCAUCACAGAAAUCAGAGCUUGACCUUUAUUUGGAUGAGCCAAGAUUGGCUAGGACCGCGGAUCUUGAUAUCCUUUCCUUUUGGAAAUCAAACCAAUUUCGAUAUCCAGCACUAGCUUCUAUGGCUUGUGAUAUAUUGGCUGUCUCUGUUUCUACAAUUGCUUCUGAAGCUACAUUUAGUGUUGGUGGUAGAGUUCUUGAUUCAUUUCGUAGCUCACUUAAACCAAAGACAGUUGAAGCACUUGUUUGUACCAGAGAUUGGUUAUAUGGAGACAAAGAUUUCAAUGAAGAGGUGGAGGAUUUUACACAAGAUAUCUUCAACUUUUCAUUGAAAGAAGAGGAGCCUUUCUCACAGGGAUCAAUUUCUCCUGAACGUAAUGAUGCGCCUGGAGUCUCCCCACUGCAGCAAAUUAUUUAA